AUGGCCAAGGUAUUCGAUGCCGCUGAAGUCGCGAAGCACAACACCGCCGACAGCUGUUGGGUCAUCCUCUACGGCCAGGUGUACGACGUGACCGACUUCCUCUCCUCACACCCGGGCGGCGCAAAGGUGAUUCUCCAAUUGGCCGGCAAGGAUGCCACCGAGGACUUUGAUCCCAUCCACCCGUCAGGCACGCUGGACGAGCUCAAGCCCGAGGCCAAAUUGGGAACCGUCGAUCCUGAGACGUUGAUUGAGGCGAAGCCAGUUCCAGUCAAGAAGAACGAUGAUGCCCCAGCACCUCUCGAGACGCUUCUGAAUCUCGACGAGAUUGAGGCAGAGGCCACUAAGAGAAUCUCGAAAAAGGCAUGGGCGUACUACUACUCUGCCAGUGACGACAUGGUCACCAAAACAUUCAACACUACAGCAUACCGAGACAUUCUUCUACGGCCGCGCGUCUUCGUCGACUGCACACAAUGCGACAUGUCGACAACACUCCUCGGCCACAAGGUUGGCCUCCCCGUAUAUGUCAGCCCGGCUGCCAUGGCCAGGUUAGCUCAUCCAGACGGCGAGCUCGGUAUCGCCAGGGCGGCAGCAAAGUUCGGAGCCAUGCAGCUCAUCUCGAACAACUCCUCAAUGACGCCAGAUGAGAUUGCCUCCGAGGCAAAGCCAGGCCAGGUGUUUGGGUGGCAGCUAUAUGUGCAGAACCGUCGUGACCGAAGCGAAGAGAUGCUGAGACGCAUCAAUAAGAUGAAGGACCGAUUCAAAUGUGUCGUUCUGACACUGGACGCCCCCGUACCUGGCAAGCGUGAGAUUGAUGAAAAGUCCAACUUGGACAAAGGCUUUGUAGUCGAGCCUGGCGUCAAGGGUGGUCAGGAGAAGCUUCCUGGCGGCGGCGGUGUCGGCCAGCAGCUAUUCUUCGGCACGGCCAGCGACUUGACAUGGCAGACAACGCUGCCGUGGUUGGCAAAGCACACGGAUCUGCCAAUCGUGCUAAAGGGUAUUCACACAUACGAGGACGCUUACCUUGCCGCCAAGUACGCGCCGCAGGUCAAGGCCAUCAUCCUGUCGAACCACGGUGGGCGAGCCCUGGACACGGCGUCGCCCCCGGUUCACGUUUUGCUUGAAAUCAGAAAGUAUUGCCCAGAAGUGUUUGACAAGAUCGAGGUCUGGGUCGACGGCGGCAUUAAGAGAGGCACGGAUGUUGUCAAGGCUCUCUGUCUAGGUGCCAAAGCGGUGGGCAUUGGCCGUGCUGCCUUGUUUGGACUCGGUGCUGGAGGCGCGGCUGGCGUGGAGCGAACGCUUGAAAGUGAGUUGAUCCCCAAAGUCCUGACCAAGUGCAGCAGUGAUUUCGAUAUUCUUGCCACCAUGAUGAACCUACCGCGUUUGCCGUAUCAGUGA